GAAGAGGAGCUGGAGGAGGAGAAGGAAAAGGAGUUGGAGGAGGAGAAGGAAAAGGAGUUGGAGGAGGAGAAGGAAGAGGAGUUGGAGAAGGCUAUCCAUAUACACAACGAUGAAUCGACUGAUGGCAUAGAAACCUUUGAUGUGAUUAAGAAUACCGUUAUGCCAGUCACUUCAUUUAGACACAAUGGUGUAGAAAAGACAGAAAUUAAUGAUGACCAUGUAAACCAUCAAGUAAAAGCAGCCAACUGUAAAACAAGCAAAAAUGAACUGUCCUGUAAAAAUACGAAUACUGACAAAACUGUUUCACCAAACAGUAAAUUAAGCCAAAAUGGGAUUGAGAAGAAAGAACAUAAUGGUGUCCAUAUGGACAAUAAAGUAGAAUCAGCUGGUUGUAAAGCAGACAGAACUACACUGCCUUGUCUAGAAAAGAAUACGGGCAAGAUUGUUUCUUCAGGCAGUCCAUUAGAACAAGAUGUUGAGAGGAGAGAAAAUAAUGCUGUCCAUGAUGGCAGGAAAGCAAGUAAAAAUACGCUACCCCGCCGGGAAGAGAAAACCGGUCCGGUAAUGAAUAAUCCUUUUGAGAGAACAGAUAAUGUUGAUGUCACCCUUACAGCGGAAUCAGCCAAUGGUAAACAAAAUGGCGCUCCACCGGUUAAUCCAAAGAAAAAUGGGGAGAGUGUAUAUUCAUCCCAUAUUCAGUCAGUGCAUAAUGUUAUUGAGAGAACUGAGAAUAGGAAAUCUGUAUUAGAUAUCGAAAAUAUGGAAGAUAUUCACAAAGCAGCACGUCAAGGUGAUGCUGAAGAGGUGCUUAAGGUACUCGAAAAGGGCGAAGACCCCUCUGCGGUUACAAGUGCCAAUAACACCCCACUCCAUUACGCAGCUUACGAAGGCCAUAUCGAGGUUGCGAAAUUGUUAAUGGACAAGAAAUCGGACCCAAACCUUUCGAAUAAAAGUGGUAACACCUCACUUCAUCUUGCUGCACUAAAUGGAAAGACUGAAGUUGCAAAACUAUUGUGUGGAUGGGAGGGUCUUGAUGUAAACAAUCCAGGUGCAACCAAUGAAACACUUCUUGCAUAUGCAAGAUAUGGAGAGGAAAAGCCCAUGCUAGUUGUGCUUAAGAACCCAGAUACUAUUUCACCAGAGGGCAAUACACCCCUCCACUGUGCAUCACUGGCGGGCCAAACAGAAGUUGUUAAACUGUUACUAAUGAAUGAUGCAGACGUUAAAAAUAAAACCUACCCACCACACUGCUUUGCAUUAUGCUGCUCUCAGAAAUGAGGUCAUUUUGGUCAAAUUGUUGCUCGAUUAUGGAGCCGAUCCUAAUGUUAAAGACAACCAAAAUAACACACCUCUUCAUUAUGCCGCUCUUUGCGGACACACUUCCGUAAUCGAGC